AUGUGCGCACAAUCUCACAAUCUAAUUUAUAGAUUUCGUCGAGCAUUUGCAGCUGCUACACUUGGAGAUGUUUUCAACAUCUGUUGUAUUUUUGUGAUUUUACCGCUAGAAUUAGCGACAGGAUUUAUUGAGGAAGUGAGCUGGCUUAUAGUCGAUCCUUUAAUUGCCGAACAAGGCAUUUCUUUCAAAACUCUUGAUCUUUUGACAGAUCCAGUAAACAAAAUGAUAUUAGAGGUAAGAAAAUAAUU